UUCGAAAAGAAUGGUGAGGAUUUGGACGGUGAAAGUGUGAGUAUAAAUGUCGGUAUAUUGGGGCAUGUCGAUUGUGGUAAAACAACAUUAGCACGUAGCAUCUCGAAUAUUGCAUCAACUGCAUCGUUUGAUAAGCAUGCUAAAGCACAGAAUUUGAGAGCAAAUACGAUUGAUCUAGGAUUUUCGUCAUUACGUAUUGAUAAUUAUACAAUUGCAUUGAUCGAUUGUCCGGGUCAUGCAUCAUUAAUCAGUGCUGUUUUAUGUGCUUCAAGCGUAUUUGAUAUGGCCAUUAUAGUUGUGGAUGCCCAGAAAGGUGUACAAGCCCAAACCGCUGAGCAUCUCUUAUUGGUUUCUAUUCUGUGUCCUCAGCAUGCUAUCGUCGUUAUCAAUAAAAUUGAUCUUAUUACAGCUCAACAACUGAAUAGUUUACGGAAGCAACUCAUUAAAAUUUUGAAAUAUUUCUCAAUUUCUGAGAAUUCGCCGAUCGUAUGUAUAUCACUAUUGGAAGACGAUGUGGUGAAAUCAAGCGAGACAAUUAUUGAUGCUCUUCGUAGGCAAUUGUAUAGGCCAAAACGUUACUCUACAUCGAAUCAGUUUGUGAUGAGUGUCGAUCAUUGCUUUCCAGUCAGAGGCAAAGGCACUGUUAUGACUGGUACCAUAAUUGAUGGAUCGUGCAGGUUUAUUUUCAUUUUCAUUUAUCCAUUUCGUCAUCCUCUCUUUUCACCAUCAUGUUAUAGUGCUUUCAUCACUGAAUUCACACCAUAUUCAGCUUUGAUUCGAUUCGGAUUGUUACAACCGCAAAAACAAAGUUGCAGUAUUGGAAUGGAGAUCGAGAUUGCAGCGUUGAAAGUGAAACGAAGGAUCAAGGGAAUUCAGCGUUGGAAGGAGGACGUACAGCGUGCUUCAAUGGGUGAACGAGUCGGGCUGCUGUUCCAAGAUUUGAAUGCGAAACAUCUCGAUCGCACAGUCAUUUUUCAACCGGGUGCUCUUGAAAGUGUGCAGUGUGUAUUGGCGAACAUCACCAAAAUUUCACAUUUCAAAGCGAAAUUGCUGGAUCGCGCUAAAGUACAUUUGUCGGUUGGUUUUGAAACGGUUAUGGCAACAUGUCAUUUCUUGGUUAAACAUGAUGAGGAAUUCGAACAAAUGGCGGAUCUGGAUGAACGUGUCACGAUGGUAUUAUUGGUGCUGGAUCGUUCGAUUUGGGCCAUAAGAGGCAGUUUCUACUUGGCCACAAAAUUGGAUAUGCAACAGAAAGGAUGCCGAUUUGCAUUUUAUGGUACUUUCGAUCGUUUUACGACGAAUAUUAAUGCUUUACGUAGAUUUCAUCGUAAGCACCGUUCGGGGUUGGUUGAGCGACUUGAAGGUGAUAAUAUGACUUUGAUUUGUGCAUUGUUAUUCAGCAAAAACUCGGAUAUUAGUGUUUUCAUUGAUAUGAAAGUGGUUCUAUCCACUGGAGACAUCGGCCUUAUUGAGGCAAGUUUUGGUAAAAGUGGCAAAGUACGGAUACGAAUUCCACAAGGAGUAUCUGAGAAAACAGUAUCGGCAUUGAAGGCUGGAGAAAAGGUGAAUGUGGAACUAUGGAUGAAGAAAUAUUUGAAUGAGGAUAAAUUAUUGUGUUAUGUGCCUUGA